UCGAAUUUCGCUUCUGCCAUGGCCGGCGGUCGGAGUAUAUAAACGAAUCGCUUUCCAGACUAACAAAGUGUCGAUAAUGGGAGUUGGAAAUUCUUCUCUCUCCCUUUCAGUGCCCAAUAGCUCCUCAUACUUCAUCUCCUCUACUCUUUGUCCCCCCCACAAAUCAAAAUCAAUCUUCUUUACUUUCCCUUCCAAUCUUCCACACUUUUCUCUCUACCGGACUCCCAUCAUCAAGUUCUCCAUGGAACAAAAUCUCGUUCCCCUUAAGUGCGUUGGAAUUAAAGAAGCUAUCUUCCAUGGAGAAGAAGAAGAUUCUUCAAAACCCUUUUCUGAUCUUCACAGUUUAGACACAGAAUUGCUUCAGACGAUGAUGUAUGAUGCCCUGGUUUGGAGUUCACUUCACGGUCUAAUCGUUGGAGACAGAACCGUUCAGAAAUCUGGAAAAGUUCCUGGCGUUGGUUUGGUUCAUGCGCCAUUUGCUUUGUUACCUAUGCCAUUUCCAGAGAAACAUUGGAUUCAGGCAUGUGAGGUGGCACCCAUCUUCAAUGAACUAGUUGAUCGUGUCAGUUUGGAUGGUGAAUUCCUGCAGGACACACUCUCCAGAACAAAGAAAGCUGAUGAGUUUACAUCGAGGCUCUUAGAUAUUCAUUCGAAGAUGCUGGAAAUCAAUAAAAAGGAAGAUAUACGGUUGGGAUUACAUCGAUCUGACUAUAUGCUUGACGAACAAACAAAACUAUUACUUCAGAUAGAGCUCAAUACAAUUUCUUCUUCUUUUCCUGGGCUUACUUGUCUUGUCAGCGAUCUUCAUAGGAAUUUAAUAAAUCAAUAUGGAGGGCAACUAGGUUUAGACCACAAAAAGGUCCCAGAAAAUGCUGCUGUGAUUCAAUAUGCCAAUGCAUUAGCUAAAGCCUGGACCGAAUUCAAUAACCCUAGGGCUGCGGUUAUGAUUGUGGUUCAAAACGAAGAGCGCAAUAUGUAUGACCAACAUUGGCUUUCGUUGGUGCUCAGAGAAAAAUAUGGUGUUCAAACUAUUAGGAAGACACUGGCUGAAAUUGAUGCACAAGGGAAGCUUCAACCUGACGGGACUCUCGUCGUUGGCGAUGAAGCAAUUUCUGUCAUUUAUUUUAGAGCGGGAUAUGCUCCUACAGAUUAUCCUUCUGAAUCGGAGUGGAAGGCUAGAUUAUUAAUGGAGCAGUCUUCUGCAAUUAAGUGCCCUUCAGUUUCUUAUCAUUUAGCCGGCACAAAAAAGGUGCAACAAGAACUUGCAAAACCAGGUGUUCUUGAAAGGUUUCUUGAAAACAAAGAUGAAAUAGCCAAACUACGAAAAUGCUUUGCAGGACUGUGGAGCCUAGAUGAUACAGAUGUGGUCAAGGAUGCGAUUGAAAGACCUGAACUAUAUGUUAUGAAACCGCAAAGAGAAGGAGGAGGUAACAAUAUAUAUGGGGACGAUAUAAGUAAAACCUUGCUAAAAUUGCAAGAGGAAGGAACAGAAGGAAGUGCAGCAUAUAUACUUAUGCAGAGAAUUUUCCCAACUGUAUCUUCCACUCUUUUGAUGCGCGAAGGUGUUUGUCACAAAGAGAAAGCAAUCUCCGAACUCGGAAUAUAUGGUGCUUAUUUGAGAAACAAAGAGAAGGUGAUUUUGAAUGAGAAAAGCGGUUAUUUGAUGAGGACUAAGGUAUCAUCAUCUAACGAGGGAGGUGUUGCAGCUGGAUUUGCGGUUUUGGACAGCAUAUAUUUGACUUGAAGGAGGCUAAUAUCAAGAUCAUCUCUUUAUGUGAUUUUAAUUACUUGUUGCUUUUUAUUGAUUUUUAUGUUUGAAACAUGGUGAGAAAGAUUUGCAGUAGGGAGGAAUAGGAUUCCAGCAUAAAUGAUGUUAACCUCUUUAGAUUGGGCAGAAGCAUAUUCACCCCCUUGAAACUCUCCAUUGAUUGUGACAAUAAUAAAACAAUAAAAGUGUCAAAUAUUUCAAUA